AUGGAAACCCUUCUUUCGCACUCAUUCGACUACCUUUCCUCCACUUCGCCCCAAAAGAUUCGCAAAGGAUUACGACAGGUCGAAGGGUUGCUUGCGCAACUAUGCCUCUCCAAAGCCUCCGUUGUCGACCGUCGACAGUCUAUGUUGCUUCUUGGGACAUCCCCUUCCCAUUCAGGCAAAAGAUUGUGUGAGCUGACCGAGGAUCUGGCGUUCCGCGAAUUCUUCAAAUUACAACAGAGCUUCCAAUGGAAUAUCGCUAUGAGACUGGUUGCUUGUCUGGAGCGGCUCUUGGGCAAAGAAAGCAACGGGACAAAUGACCUGCUGGUGACCCAGACACUGGACCUUAUUCAGGGGGUGCUUCUGCUACACCCGCCUUCACGGGCGCUUUUCAGUCAAGAAAUCUACAUGAAUUUAUUCCUAGACCUCCUGGAUCCUUCAAACUGCCCAGCCAUUCAAUCCGCCACCAUCAUGGCCCUUGUCACCUGCCUGCUCGAUCACCCACAAAAUACGCGAACCUUUGAAGCGAUCGAUGGCCUCUUGGUCGUAACUUCACUCUUCAAAUCCCGCAGCACUUCGCGCGAAGUCAAACUAAAGCUCGUCGAAUUCCUAUACUUUUACCUCAUGCCAGAAUCGUCCGCCCCCAAGAUGUCGGCAUCAACAUCAACCACCAACACCGCGAUCCUGGGUGGGCGGGGAAGAGAACUGAUUGCUGCAUUUGACCGACGGCGAGAGCCGGUCAACGGCACCGAUGGAGGCCAGAAGCCAACAGGUGAUACAAGGACGACGCAUGAGAAGCAAAACCUACUGGGGAAAUACCUGGCCAAUGUUCAAGACCUGGUGGAGGAUUUGAAGGAGGGAGGCGGCGUCUUCGGCGUGGGAGCCAGAUAG